UGAUUUGUCAAGCGGUCAAGCAAAAUAACCUUCGUGAAAAUGAAAUCCUUCAUCGCUUUCCUCAUCGCAUCGCUGGCAGUUUCUGCUCAAGGAUCUUAUCUCCCUGCUGCCACCACAACAGUUGUGUCUACCGGUCCUACUGGAGCUUGGCCCUACUCGUCCUCAUGGAACUCGAGGAACGGAUGGAAUAAGUGGAAUGACUACCAGCCUCACUAUCAGCAGCACGGAUUGGUCGCUUAUCCAUCGUACGCCCAGGAUUGGUCUCCAGCUUAUGGUGUUUAUGGAAGUGGACACAAAACCAUCGUCCAGACAAACCUCGGAGGUCAUACGGCUUCUUAUCCAUGGGGUCUUCCAUGGGGGUCGUACGGUGCCGGAUAUGCGGGAAACUUUGGAUGGGUUAAGAAGGUUGUGUAUUAA